GUUGGGAUAUUGAGCAAAACGCGAAGUAUAUAAAGCUUGGAGUAUAUAAAGCUUCAAGUACCAGUCUUCAUCCUAAGAUACCAAAUCACUGCAUUGGUCCGCAUCUGGAAUCAGAUAGAGCAAGCACAUCCAGAAGCAUUUUCUUCUAGAAUCUAGAAGCCCAAGGAAACACAGACAGCGCAAGAUGUCUACAUCCACGCCCGUCAAGCUCUCCUUCGAGGCAAUCGACGACCUCAUCUACGACGCCCGCGCAGGCGACCUGGAAGCCCUCAAGGCAGACCUCGCCACCCAAAGCAAAGAGCACAAUUGCCCGGAGGCCUGGAUCAUCGCCUCCGCCAUCGACGCCGAGCCCGAAGCCGAGGGCGGCUCUGGCUCCUGCCUGCUUCAUUUCCCCGCGGCGAAUGGCAAUGCCGAAAUCCUCAACUAUCUCUUGGCAACUCUAACCGCGCAAUCUGCGGCGCCGCUCUCGGCGGAGCAGAUCGCGGCUGUGGUUAACCAUCGCAAUCACUCGGGGAAUACGCCGCUGCACUGGGCUGCGCUGAACACGCACCUGGAGUGUGUGAAGGCGCUUGUUGAGGCGGGUGCGGAUAUCGGUGUUAAGAAUGAUGCGGGGCUGGAUGCGAUUUUCCUGGCGGAGAGGACGGCUUGGUCGACUGAGGAGGAAGGGAAGGAGGCGCCUGCUGAGGAGGAAGGGCGGCAGGUUGUGGAGUGGUUGCUGAGCUCGGAUAAGGCUGGUGACUUGGAGGGAGGUCUCAGUGUUAGUGCUGGUGUUGGUGCUGAGGGAUCAGCAUCAGCGUCAGGGUCUGGGGAGGCGAUGGAUGUGGAUGAGAAGAAAUGAUUACGACUAUCCUCCCCUUUUUGUUGCCUUCCGAGUAAAUAUUUCUUUUGUUACGAAUACCAUUAGACAAAAGUUCUGAGUUG